AUGCUGCGCUACGGCCGCGCCCCGCCCUACCGCGCCCCGACGUGGACGCGCAUGGCUUUUUUUGGCUGCCAAGCUUGCGCCCACCGGUGGCGCUCAGCCCGCGGCGAAGCGGGCGUGUACCAAAAGUGCAAGCACUGCUUCGAACCCUGCUACCCGACCGAGUUUCGCCUCGUCGCGCCGAAUAAGGACGGCAACAUGAAUAAGGAGACGGCCAUUGGGCACAACAUGGAGCUCUGUGGCAAGUGCGCCGAGCUCGGGUACUCGUGCCAAUACGCGCUCGACGACUGCGACGAGGACGAGGACACGACUGAAGCGAUCCAAGCUGGCAGCGUCGAGUGGGAAGAAGCGUUCGAGCACGAGCUCACGGCGGCUACUACUGCGCCGGCGCCGGCCGUCAAGUUCAAGGUGCGCCCCGAGAAGCGCCUGUCCCAGAAAGAGCGCCGCAAGCUCGCCAAGGAGCAGGAAGCAGCGUUGCGCGCGCGACUGGCUGCGCAACUGGCGGCGGCGGAUGACGACAGUGCGUAA